AAGCUUUUUCAAAAGCGACGCAUGCGCACCGCGGAGUUUAGUCGCUGCACUUCCUGCUUGCUCUGAGCACUCUUCGCGAUGAUGGCUCCAGUGAAACCCUCUCUGAUUUCUGCAGUGGUAGCAGUGUUCCUGAGUCCAGCUGUGCUCGCGUUUGUGGAGGAUCUGGAUGACUCGUUCAAAGAUUCCCGAGUCAAUGACAUCUGGCUGGUCGAUUUCUACGCCCCAUGGUGCGGCUACUGUAAGAAGCUGGAGCCCAUCUGGUACGACGUGGGGGCGGAGCUGAAGAGUUCUGGGUCCCCGGUGCGUGUGGGAAAGAUGGACGCCACCGCCUUCUCUGGUAUGGCGUCAGAGUUUGGUGUCCGCGGUUACCCCACAAUAAAACUGUUAAAAGGCGACCUGGCUUAUAAUUACAAGGGUCCACGGACAAAAGACGACAUCGUAGAAUUCGCCAACAGAGUCUCUGGCCCAGCGGUCCGAGCCCUGCCCAGUAAGCAGAUGUUCACUCACAUGCUCAAACGCCACACGGUUCUGUUCGUCUACGUGGGAGGCGACUCACCACUCCGAGAGAAGUACAACGAUGUGGCCUCCGAGCUCAUUGUCUACACGUACUUCUUCUCCGCUGCAGAGGAGGUCUUGCCAGAGGAGGUGACUCUGCCGGAGCUUCCUGCUGUGGUGGUCUUCAAAGAUGGAGGAUAUUUUACGUACGAUGAAUACGUAGAUGGCAGUUUGUCAUCGUGGGUGAACAAGGAGCGUUUCCAAGGGUACCUCCAAAUCGAUGGCUUCACGCUGUAUGAGCUGGGAGAAACAGGCAAACUGGUGGCCAUCGCGGUUAUCGAUGAGAAGGACCCCACGGAGGAGAGCGGCAGAUUAAAGGGCCUGAUCCAGACGGUGGCCAAAGAGUACAGGGAACAUUUUAACAGAGACUUCCAGUUCGGUCACAUGGACGGGAACGACUACAUCAACAGCCUCAUCAUGGGAGAGGUGGCGGUACCCUCGGUCAUCAUCCUGAACACGUCCAACGAACAGUACUUUCUGCCCGAGGAGCCGGUGCAGACCCUGGAGCAGCUGGUCCAGUUCAUCAGCGGUGUGCUCAACGGAUCUGCUCAGGCUUAUGGAGGGGACGGCUUCAUUCAGCGAAUCAAGCGCGUAGGCUUUGACGCCCGGUCCACUAUUAUGUCGGUGUUCCGCAGCUCCCCGUUGCUGGGCUGCUUCCUGUUCGGGCUGCCCCUGGGCGUCAUCAGCCUCAUGUGCUACGGCAUCUGCACGGCCGAAAUCAACGAUGCCGCCUCCGAGGACAUGGACCUGCACAAGAGGGAGGGGCUUACCGAUGAGGAGGAGGAGGAAGAGGAGGAGGAGGAAGGGGCGGAGCUUCGACACCAGCUAGAGGGCCCGGAGGAGGAGGAAGAGCCUGAAAUGGACGAUAAAGACCCCCAAGAGAAGAAGACGGAUUAACGGAGGAGAUGAUAUCAUAGGUUUAAUGUAAUGCGAUGAUAUGAAAACUCAGAAAUCUAGUGGAGUUCUGGUGGUUCUUUGGUUUUCAUGUCACGCCUGUCCAACCAGCCUCCUUUCCUCCAGCUCUUGUGGGUAGAGUCGGUGUGAAAGGGCACGAGAACGCUGGGGACAUCAUAAGAAAUCGCCUUUUAUAAGAAAAAUAAACAAGCAUCAAGAGCAGAAGGGAGACCAAAAGCUCGUAGUGUAUUUAUUCCGACAUCCAACAGCUCUCCUCUUUUUAUCAUGUCUGAGCCCUUCAUUAAGCCUUGAUCCAAAGAUGUUUUUGAUGCUUUAAAGGGGAAGUAAGUGGUGGUUUGGGUAAAGACAAAGUUUGUACUAUCAGUACUAUACUUCCCGCAGUGAUAAAAGUCCAAUAAAGUUGUUUAAUAAGCUCGAUCCAUUUUUUUGAUUAAAGAAGCACUAUGCUUUCUGAUGGAUGAUCUGACACCUGCUUGUCUCCAUGGAGAUGUAAUUGCUUUGCCUGAAAAGGUUCUACAGUAUGGCAUUGUAUAUCUGCUUAUAUGAAAUGAAAGGUGUUUUUAUUGGUUUAAAAAAAAAAAAAAAAACAUGUCUCCAUGGAAGUAUAAAUGUUUAAUGCCAAAAUGGGGAUCAUUCCAGGCAAAGUAAUAACAUCUUCAGGGAGACAAGCAACUGGCAAACCUUCCACCGGAAAAGUUAACUAGUGCAUCUUUUAAGGUGUUAAAGAUAAGUUAAAUCUUGCUAAAUCUGUCAACAUGAAAAAAAAAGUACAAUUUGUAAUGCAAGCUAACCACCAGCUAACAACUAAUAAGGGACUAGCAACCAUAUCAUAAAAAUUAUGAUUGUGGACAAUGUUCAUACAACUUGUAAGGAAAGUUAUAUUUUAUUGAGUUUGCAUAUUUGCUAGUUUUAAGCAUAUAUGUUUUUACAGUCCACAUUUCAUUUUGUACUGUAUUUUUCGGACUAUAAGUCGCUCCAGAGCAUAAGUCACACCAGUCAAAAAAUGCGCAAUGCAGAAGAAAAAAAAACAUAUAUAAGUUGCAUCAGACUAUAAGUCGCACUUUUUGGGGGAAAUUUAUUUUAUAAAAUCAGAACCGACAUUUCAUCUUGAAAGACAAGUUAUAGUAAUAACAAUAGAACAGAGAACAACAGGCUGAACAGGCGACUAGUAUGUUAAUGUCACAUAUGAACAGUUCUUCAGAUAACUAGAGCAUAAACAACAGAACAAGUUUAACAAACUCUCCAUCUCACUCCAAAUCACUAAAUCCAUUGAAUUCUUCAUCCGGAGAAACUCCGUGACCUCCGGAGGUAAACGGAGCAUAGCUUCCUUCUGUGUAGCUGUCAUCAGACUCAGCAUCAGUUCCAGUUAGAAUUAUUCCGGCUUUUCUGAAUCCCAGCAGGAUGGUUUCUGUUGUCACUGAAGUCCAAGCUUUGUCGAUCCAUCCAAUAACUUCCAUGAAAGUUGCAUCACGCAAGCUCCUGGUUGCCAUGAAGCUGUGUUCUCCAACCCCGCUUUCCGCCAGUCCCUCACAAGUUUCUCGCUCACUACAAACUUUCUUUCUGCUGCUCGAUUACCGUUUUCAGCUGAAUAUUUCACUACUUGCAGCAGGAUAGCGGCUUUUUCUGCAGGAGACAUGCGCAGUAGGGUGAAGUGACAGUGGCACAGUAGUAUCAGAUACUAACAAGCCUAGAGCACCCUCUCGCGUCUGUCACUGUGAACAUUUUAAUAUAUAAGUCAGACCGAAAUAUAAGUUACAGGACCACCCAAACCAUGAAAAGAGUGCGACCUAUAGUCAUAAAAAUAUGGUAAUAAAAAAAUUUUUAAAAAUUGAUUAAAAAAGAAAGAACUUACCAAACUUACCAUUGUCUACAAUUCUGGAUCUUACUUCUCCUUUAACAACUCUUCUAUCGUUUUGUCAUAUCUUACUCAUAUUUUUGUUUACAGUUUUCAAAGCCUACUCAUCAAAUUUUGCCUUUAAACUCACCCGGCGUAGCCAUAUCAUGUAUAGACUAGCGAUGUAUAAAAAGCUAUGAAAGUGCCCAAGAAGUUGAAGAAGAGUUCUCUGCCACCUUAAAAACAAAACUGCAUUUUCUUAUAUAAUUCGUAAACCACACCUUUCUCCAACUUACUCCUCAUGUAUCCAUAUUUUAACCCGAGCUAGAAUUGUAAUUUGUGUGGCUCUGUCAGAUACCGCUCAAUGAUCUCCCCCCCCUUUCCUCCAACCUGCUAACAAUCCCAAAAGCGAAGCCAGCGUUGGACGUGUACAGCAGGCAGCCAUAACAUGCCCCAGUAACUCCCAUGUCUAUUAAACACCGCGCACCCCAGAUAGACGGGCUGUGUUCGGGCCCAUAUUUCAAUCUUUGCCCCCAUCUCUGCUGCUAUAUUGAAUCCAGCACUUGCAUUUGACAUCCCAGGGCACGCCGAGCUGUUUUUAGACCUGCGCGCGGCGUGUAGUGUACAACUGCUAAAAAGAAUCCAAUCUUUCGGUGGAAUAAAGUUCGGAUUCCAUUUGGGAUUGACAGAGGCAUCACUUGAUAAGACGUUACUGGUUUAUAUACUGGCCUUUUUAUUAGAUACAUUAUAGGUGAACUGUGGAACUUUUCUGGUGGAGGCUCUGUCACAUGUUCGUCUUAAUGGAGAUGUUAUUUCUUUGCCUGGAAUGUUUCACAGUAUGGCUUUAAAAUGGUAUAUAUAUUGCGUUUAUUCAAUUAUGGAGUUUUUUUGUUGCCUUGAAAAACCUAUAUUCUUACUUUAGUGGGAUCACCUCUCCACAGAUGUGACCUGGAACUUUGCCUGGUCUCCACUACCACACCUACUUGCUUGUUAUUGGAAAACUGGUAGAAAAUUUGUUUCCUGUUUGUCUUCAUGGAGCUUUUGUUUCUUUGCCUGGAAUGUUUCACAGUAUGGCUUUAAACUUGUAUAUCUUGCAUUUAUUCAAUUAUGUUUUGGGUUUUUUGUUGUUGUUGUCUUGAAAAACAUGUAUUCUUUCCGUAGUGGGAUCGCCUCUCCGCAGAUUUGACCUGGGACUUGGCCUGGUCUCCACCACCACACCUACUUGCUUACUAACGGAGGCAGUAGCUUAGUGGUAAGAGCGUUCACCCACAAACCCAAAGGUCAGCGGUUUGAUCCCAGUUUCAACCAGUGCUUACGUCUGCCGUCUCCGUGGAGAUUAGUUUAAAGCCGUACAAGGGAACAGUCCAAGAAAAACAAUAGCGGCGAACUCCAACUUGCUUACUAACGUGGCAGUGGCUCAGUGGUUAAAGCGUUCGCCCACAAACCCAAAGGUCAAUGGUUUUAUCCCAGUUGUCCCAUGUAUAUUCCACUAGUGUCAAAACGCUGUGGUGCAAUAACAGGUUUCAUUGCAGUCGUUAGAAACUGUUAGGGCUGUACCCGACCAAAUUAAUUCUUGGCCGACUGACAAUCGAUUUGACAAUUAAAAGGGGGCGCGGCAAAACUUGCAAUGAUCUGACCGUAUCUGACCCAAACAGCACUCACGAGACGACACCUGCAAGGAAUUCAAACCCAAAUUAUUUCGCUAACUCACACCAUUCAUUCUCUUCUCUGUCGUUGUCCCAUAUCAAUUCUUUAAAACUCAAGAAAAUUUGACGAUUAGUGAUGAGACAAGAUCUCGUGCCAAAAGAUCUCGCGAGACAAAAUUGCUACAAGAUUGUGCACACAUGAGAAAAAUGAUCUUUUUCCAUCUGAAUUUACUUUUGGCUUGGAUUAAAAAAAGAGUUAAGAGCUGGCGAGUUAUACAAUCUGAGAAGUUGUAGUUCCAAAAAGUAGUACUACAAUGGCUGCAAAGGUAUAAAAUAAAUACAAAUAGUGAAGCCAAAAUUGUGAAAUGGCUCGUGCUACUUAUUUAUUACAAAUUGUGCUUCGACUUAUUAAAAUUGUGUCUUGUCCUAAAUCUACUGUUGAUUGGUCGACUAAGGCUACGUUCAGACUGCAGCCUGAAGUGACCUGAAUCUGUUUUUCUCACCCCUAUGUGACCUGUGUCUGAUCUUUUAAUGACCGUCUGAACGACACAGAUCCGAUUUUUUUCAAAUGCGACCCAGGUCACUUAGAUAUGUGCUCCUGAAAUCGAUGCAUAUCCGAUCUUUUGACAUGCGACUUCAGUCUGAACGGCCAGGUCGCAUUCAUCCCACCUACACGUCAGGCUCGGAGUCUCGUCAAUGGAGGGAAAGCGAGGUUAGCGACUUUAUUAAUAUUUGGGAGGGAUCGCUGUAUUCAGACCAAACUGGAGAAAUCUUAUUGGAACGGGGUGGUUUUUGAAAUGAUUGCCAAAGAAAUGGAUGAGUGUGGCUACAAGCGGUCCUGUCUCCAGUGUCAACGAAAAAUAAAGACCCUGCGAGCCAAAUCGGAGAAUAAAAAGGAGGCUAAAGACUCAGACAAACGAAGCGGCCAUGGAUGUGUAACCUGUCCAUUUUACUAAGUACUGGAUUGUAUUUUGGGAGACAAGCUCAGCGUUUUGGCUACUUCCGUAAAUACUGGGCACACUCGCUGCAUGUGACGUCGUUGUGUCCUCCAAUUCGCAUGUGGGACACUUUUGUGGCAUUUAAAGUUCACACUGGAGAUCACAUCCAAGUCGCAUUUAAUUGGAAAUGUGAACGACCUUGCAAAAAAAUCUGAUUUGACAAAAAAAUAUGAAUUGAGCAUUAAGCCCUGCUAAAGGUUUACAGCUCUAGAAAGUGUAUUAAGUUGUUUUGAAAAAAAAUGUAUCACUACCCACUAAUUAAUAUAGACCCCUACCAUACAUAGAAAACAUUUUGUAAAGUAUUUAGCACAGUAACUCAUCCAAAUCGCAAGUACUUUCGUCAAUAAACUCUUGAUUAAACCACUUUUUACUUUUCGAAGACCUUUCACUGCGGGUGUAUUUUGACAUUGACUUUACAAUCUGAAAACUACCAAGCUGAUAUUUUUGGCAAGUUUUCAUUUUUCUCAACCCUUUUAUCAAAAUCCUGAAGCUGAAAAUUGACACUGACACCAAUCAAACCAUCCUUCUUAUUCUAUUCAUUUCAACCACAACCGCCAAUGAGCUCUUGAUAGUUACCAAUUUAGAGUAGAUUCCCACCCCCACAACUGCUUCACACUGGAAUUUUCUUUUUUGUCUCUUUUUUAGGGCAUUCUCUGAGCUGUAGCGCGCCGAGCGGAAAUAUGUGGAUAUCAGCAGUUUCUAAAAUUAUCAGACCAAUUCGGGCCCGUCUGGCACCAACAACUAUGUCAUGUUCAAAGUCACGUAAUCCACCUUUCGCUAUUUUCUAUUCUUACUCCUAGCUCAGCAGUUGGAACAGGGUCGUCUAAUAUUAUCAUGAAUUUGUACAUUAUAUCGACUAGUAAGCUAAUGGAAAUACUUAUGAUUUAUUUAGGGCCUUUCGAGAUGAAGAAUAGAAGAGUUUGCAUUUUAGUUGCUAGGUGACAUGUCUUGCUCAAGGACACAACAAUACGCACUAGUCAGAGGUGGAAUCAAACCCGUAACCUUUGGGAUUGUGGGUGAACACUCGUAACACCUAAACAUUGUGGUAAGAUGGCGAAAAGAAUUACAUAGACUAAAUAUGAUCCUGAUUUGCUGUUUAACUUGCUUGUUUCCAUGGUGAUGAUGUUGCUUUGUCUGGAAUGCUUCACAGUAUGGCUUUAAACAUACUUUUAUUUUAUUUAGGUUAAAGGUUUUUGUAUUGGUAAAAGAGUACAUACAAUACAGAUAUAAACUAGAAAAGCACUCAGAAAGCGCAGACCUCCGCCAAGGACUACAGUCCCCCUCAUAUUAAUUGUGUUUUCCAUAAAUAUUUGUCUCGUAUCUUUCAAUUUGGAAUAUGAAAGAGGAUCCCAUUGUCCAUCCCUGAGUCAAAUUUCACGGGGUUUGGUCAAUAAUUAACCGAGAUAUUGAGAAACAAAAUUUUUGGCCCCAUUUACCACAAUGUUAACAAAAAUUUCAAAGUGAUCCAGAAUCCAGGAUUUCUUCCGGAUCAUCCCCAAAAUGAGUUCUUCCUUUUCACAUUUCCAACAAAUCCUGAACAUUUCAUCAAAAUCGGUCCAUAACUUUUUGAGUUAUGUUGCUAAAAGACAAACAAACAGACAAACGCCGGCAAAAACAUAACCUCCUUGGCGGAGGUAAUAAGUCCAAUGUCAUACUGCGCGACAUUCCAGGUUAAGCAAUGACGUUUCCAUGGAGACACUAAAUGAGAAAAGUUACAUCUCAUGGAUAUAUUUAAGUUUAAUAUCACUAGAUAUUGGUGAUAUAGAUUCUAGAUCAAGCAAUGACAUUUCCAUGGAGACCGUAACCAGAAAUUUAGAUCUCAUCUAUAUACUGAAGUUUAAUGUCAUACUGUGUAACAUUCCAGGUUAAGCAGUGAUGUUUCCAUGGAGACACUAAAUGAGGAAAGUUGCGUGUCAUGGAUAUAUUUAAGUUUAAUGUCAUACUGUGGAACAUUCUAAGUUAAGCCAUGACAUUUCCAUGGAGACCCUAACUAGAAAAGUUACAUCUCACAGAUAUAUUUAUAAGUUUAAUGUCAUAUUGCGUAACAUUGCAGACAAAACAAUGACGUUUCCAUGGAGACCCUCACUAGAAAAGUUAGUUCUUAUGGAUAUAUUGAAGUUUAAUAUCAUACUGCGUAACAUUCCAGGCUAAUCAAUGACGUUUCUAUGGAGACACUAAAUGAGAAAAGUUACGCGUCAUGGAUAUAUUUAAGUUUAAUGUCAUACUGUGUAACAUUGCAGACUAAGCAAUAAUGUUUCCCUGGAGACCGUGAACCAGAAAAGUUACGUGUCAUGAAUAUAUUUCCAUUUAAUGUCAUACUGCGUAACAUUGCAGACUAGGCAAUGACGUUUCCAUACAGACCCUAAACCAGAAAAGUUACUUAGUACAGCUUUAACCUUACCUCGUACCACUGUGUCUUUUAAUGUGGCCCGUAAAAUAUUCCAUAAGUUGUGACCAAUAGAUGAUUUAAUACUGUGCAUUUCUUUCAACAAAUCCUCUUGGACUUUGAUGUAACAUAAAGGGGUACAAAAGCAGGUUUGAAAUGAGAAAUGAAAGCAUUCUAUUACGGGCUUGGUCUCCAGGCAAUGUCACUUUGAAAAGAUGAGAUGAAGGAAUUAAAAUCGGAUAAAGUCGACCUUGGAAAGUAGAUUUUGCUUCAAGAGUUUAACGAAAGUCAGAUAUUCAAGAUGUACGUAUAACUACAAGUCACGCACCGCACGGGAGACCACGUUUGCGAACUUAAGGAUAGACAUUGAAGAGUUUUUAUAAUUCCUUCUGCCUUUUUUGAGAUGUUUUUUCUUUUCAGCGUGCUUUGAAAUGCUGGGUUUUGAAGUAGUUGGUACACACAAAGCGUAAUAUCUUUAAUAUAGUUCAAAUACUGCAUAAUCUACAAGGUCUUACAUACCAUUUGGUUCCCGUGUUUUAGUCAAGAAGUACCUGAACUCUGAAUAGGGAUGCACCGAUCCGAGACCAGUAUCUGAUAUCGGCGUUGAUACUGAAAAAUUAGCUGGAUCGGAUAUCGGCGCCCAAAUAUCGGUGCAGCAAAUAUCCUGGUUGGAUGUUGAAGUUUAUGGUCGUAGGUGGCCAAGAAAGUCUCGAGCUUGAACUUCUUUUUACGCAAAGAUGUUCUACUUCCUUGAGAAAUCCAAAUGUGGUGUUAUUUUUGUCUUAUUUUAUUUUUGUAUAAAGAAAAUAUACAAAAAUAUGCAGUGGUAUCGGUUGACAUCGGCAUACUUAAAGCCAUAGUAUUGAAAUCGGAACUGAAAAAGCUGGAUCGGUGCAUCCCUAAUUCUGAGUAUUAGUUUUGAUUUGAAUAUAUUUUGCAAUUGGGAGAUUUCUUUUACAAUACUUUUUGCUCCUUUGGCAUAUAAUUUUGCUCAAAUUCAGAAAAAUAAAACCGCAAAAACGCACCAAACUUAGGACUAAACUGGUAAUUUAUUUAAACAAAUACACUGAAAAUAUGUAUAUAAGUUUGCAAUAAUUACUUAAGCUAAUGUAGAUUCCCAAAACAACGUCUUUAUUUGCUGAGCCAUUUGAUUUCAUUCAUUAAAACAAAAUUACACUUGUGAAUUGCUUGUUCCAUGUGGUCUCCUGGAAAAGGCUGUGACUUCUAUAUAAUUCUGUAUAUGGAUAUUUUAUAUUCUGUAAAUGGCAAACUUCUGUAUAGAAAUCAGACUACUGUAUGCUUAAACAAGGGAACAACCAACUCAUUUUAGUCGUGUUAUUUUUGAAUAAACAUAACGCAAAGGGAAAGUUUGGAUUAAAGCAGACCUCUGUAACUUUUUGCUCUUUUCUGAACACUGUUUAGCUUUACUUUUGUUUACCUUCAUGUAUUUUUGUCAUUUGGUUUCUCAUUCCAUUUUGAGUAAUAUGAUUCAAUCACAAUUUGACUUACAGUUUUCUGUGAGGACUUUAUUUUCCCAGAUUUGUAUGGGUUAUACUUUUACUUUUAUUUUGCGACAAACUAUUUAAAGGGCCUGUACCCGAUUUUGGGUCAAAAUUCAUCUUACCCUAGUAUAGAUACACAACUGGUCAAAAGUUUUAGAACACCACAACUUUUUCUUGUUUUUACUGUUUACUGUUGACCAAAACGUACUCUAAACUUUGAUUCAUGAAAGUGUCCACCUUGGGCAGAUAGAACAGCUGAACACACUCAUGCCUCGUUCUUUUUACAACAGAAAUCAAAUAUUCUUCAGAAAGUUCUUCCCAAGUCUGUUGCAGAAGUUCCAUAAAUGUGUGGCACUUGUAGGUUGCUUCACUCUUCUGUCCAGUUCAUCCCAAACCAGCUCGAUGGGGUUUAAGGCUACGUUUAUUUGAUGAGGGUCUGAACAGAAGACGCAAAAGUGGAGUCACGUCUUCACUGUUUAUUCCGCGUUUAGACGAGUGUUUUCGGGAGAAAAUCUGCGUGCAUACGGUGACGCGAAAGUGUGUGGAAUUCGAUUGGGCUAGGCGGUGAUGUAUGCGACAUAAACACGUACGGGACGUGAGCAGAUCUGACCAGAGUUUUGCGUCUUGGGCAGUGUACCCGGAAACACUAGGGUGGACUGUAUUCAACUUUUCCACUCUGGAGGAUGUUUUUUUGGCAUUUUUAAGCCCCGUCUAAACAAAAAGCACUUCUGAUUAAAUAUUUUGUCGUUUUUACCCAUAAAUUCUCGUGUGAACAGGCCCUAAGUCUGGAGACUGUGCUUGGACACUCCGUGUUUUCACUCUCACCAUUUUGUUUUUUUUUCCUGAGGUAGUUUUGACAGAUCUUGGACUUGUGUUUUUUUUUUUUUUUUUAAUCUUUCAUCUUUUUUUUAACCUCUGGCUGUUCAGUUCUUACCUUUGUACCAUUUCAAGCUCUUCAUUGGACUUGCACGACUUGAAAUACAAUAAAUAACGGGAAAAAUGGGUGUUGUAAAACCUUUGACCGGUAGUGUAUAUUGUAGCAGCUUUUGAGGUCAAAAUAAGUCUUCUGUGUACCGUCUACUCUUAAUUAGAAAGCAUUUUAUUGACCAAUUAUCAGGAAGUAUGUGUUAGCAUGCUAGUUGGUUAGCCACAGCAAAACUUCCACUCUGCUCUCUGAACUUAUAAACUCACUGUGGUUAAUAAUUUUGUUGCUCAGAAUGCAUAAGGUGAGUGAAGAAUAAUUUUGGACCACUGCAAACUUUAAAAUGCACUAGUUCUGUUUUUUUCUCAUUUUUAAGACUCUAAAAAUCAGGUACAGUUCCUUUUAAUCAUAACAUGGACUCUGAAAUGGUCAGUUUCAAAAAGUUAGAGAGUUCUGCUUUAACAAAUAAUACUUUAGGGCUGUUUCUUUUUUUUUUUUCUCAUGUAUUCACUGGACUUCGCUGUUACCUGAUGUAGUUUCUUCCAAUUCCAGGCAUCCAUUUUGAUCCUUUUCGCCUGAACCAUAGCACAACGCUGUCUCUUUCUCCUCGCUUUCUCGCAGAUCUGUAGUUGCCUUUCACUCUCUGCCAAAAAACUUUCUCCUUUAGCUCAAAUCAAGAUUGUCAGACUUUAUUACCGGUUUGAAAGAUUGAAAAUAAAGAUUGUCUUCUUUUU